AUGGGUGUCAGCGGUAGUAAACGUCCGAAGGCUCACCUUCCGAGUAGCCGUGUGAGUCAUUCACUUCAAGAUGAAGAAUUGAUAUGUGCUGUGUGUAAGGGCAUACUAUGGCAGCCUGUGAGAUGUGGUAAUUGUCAAAGAUCAUUUUGUGAUCAAUGUUUACAAACAAGAAUUUCCAAGAAAGAACCGUGCGGAAAUACUUCCUUGCCAUGUGUGGCGCAGAAUUGUCCGGAGACAAUCACUGAAAAGUUGUCUCAGCUGAGGAUUCCAUGUCGUUAUAAGCAAUACGGUUGUCCUAGUUGCGCUCGAUACAGUCGAUAUGAUCAAUUACUCAAGCAUGAAGAAAAUUGUGCCUAUGAAUUAAUAACAUGUUCCGUUUGUAUGGCUAAGGUGCUAAAGUUGAAUUCAGAUGAACACAAUCAAAAAUGCCCGUUGGCGAUUAUCACUUGCGACGAAUGUUGUGCCUAUUAUACAAGACAAGAUGCUUCACUUCACACUGCCGCUGUAUGCUGUCAGACUUUAGCAACCAAUAAAAUAGUGGUGAAAUAUAUUAAUGUUUGUGUCGGUAGUUUAAUAACACAAAAGACUGAUGUUAUUGUCGUAAACGCAUUGUCAUGUGGAAUGUUAGAAAGUGUUCUCGCAGCUGGUGGGAAUUCAGUGAGGGAUUCAUAUACAACUGAAUCGGAAAGCUCAUCUGCCGAAUCGGUUCUUUCUGUUGUUGCUGACGGACAACUUGCAUCCAAGAAGAUCUACUUUGUAGAAUGGCGGCCAGGCUCUAAUAGUACUGUACUUCGACGAUCUAUCCGAAAAUUAUUUUCUGAAACAAUCACGGAAGCAGUAAAUGAGGGAUAUCAAAGCAUUUCAUUUCCAGCCAUCGGUUGUGGCGGUUUUGGUUGUUCGCCUGCUUUGAUGGCUGAGAUUUUCGUGACAGAAGUUUGCCACCAGCUAGCUGCACAUCCAAUCUCCAUCCUCUUUGUUAUCGAAUCUACUGAAGAGAAUAUAUACAAGGAGUUACAAACGCAGAUUGGUGUAAUAAAGAAUGCCAGAAUGAAAAUCGUGUCAACAGAAGUUGGAAGCGGAACGAUUGAAGUCGAGAAUGGCGAGAUCGCUCAACAAAAGAUGGAUGUCAUAACUGUUAGUGCUUCGUCAUCAAUCUUAACGAAAGCCAUCAUUCAGGCAGCUGGUGAUGAGUUUUAUACAUUUGCAACGAAAAAUAGAUCUCCUAAUCCGCCAGAAAAGCCACACUGGUUUCGACGAUGGAUUGAAAAACUUCAUUAUAAACCUCAAUUGAUUAUUAAGGCUGGUCUUCGGUUAUUUCCUUAUUUAAUGGCAAUUUUAUUUAAUUUAUCUCAAUAUUUUUAUUAUGGAGACGACUUUUUAAAUUGUCUUACUCGAGAAGCAGAUUCAAGAGAUCCAGAUAAAUAUUUUACACGACUGACACAAGCAUCACAAAUCUUUCAUACUAUCUUAGCUACAUUAUAA